AUGGGUCCAGCCAGCCCAUUCGACAUCCCCAAAUGCGUUGAGAUUCCCAAGUACGUGGACAAUGUUACCCCUGAAUACAAGCCUAAGUUUGAUGCUUUGUUGGUGGAACUGAAAGAAGCAGAACAGAAGUCUCCGAAGGAGUCUGAACGGCUUGAGAAAGAAAUUAUUGAUGUCCAAGAGAUAAGCAAAAAGUUCAGCACGAUGACUGCAGAUGAGUACUUUGAGAAGCACCCAGAACUCGAAAAGAAGUUUGAUGACGAAAUCCGUAAUGACUACUGGGGAUACUGA